AUUUAUACCAGACCAUCCGGAGCCAACAACCACGCAAUCAGAGCAUAGAGCAAGCUAAGAGCAAUACCAAAGCAUGGAUCCAUCAACGCUCCUUCUGAUUAUGGUGGUCGCCGGCGCCGGCGCGGUGCACGGCCACCCUGCCACCGACACUCCGGCGGCACAGUUCUGGGAGCAGGCCCUCCCGGGCACGACGAUGCCAGAGGCCAUUGCAGAUCUUGUCAAGAAAGGCAUUGAGCACUCGCCGCUCGUGGAGCACUACUCUGCACUCCCCAGUAUCAGUGUAUGCACACUCUUCAGCUCCGUUUGCAAUCCACGGACGGUCGCCGAGACCGGCAUCUUCUUCCACGAGGCACAGCUGCUGCCGGGCAGCGCCAUGACGCUCUCCUUCCCGGCGGAGGCCGAGGCGGCGAUCCUCCCCCACGACGUCGCCGGGAAGGUCCCCUUCGGGAGCCUCCGCGACGUCCUCAACACCUUCGACAUCCCGGCCGGCUCCGACGAGGCCGCGCAGGUGAGGGACACCCUGCGCAGGUGCCAGGAGCCACCCGUCGCCGGCGAGGUCAAGGCCUGCGCCACGUCCCUGGAGAGCACCGUGCGGAGCGCCAUGGGCAUGCUCGGCACCUUGAACGAGCAGGGCGUGUGGGCGGCCACGUCGGCGCUCCCCCGCGGCGGCCUGCCGCGUCAGACCUACGUGGUUCGGGCGGUCACCGCGCUGGAUGGCGACCGCUACGUGUCCUGCCACAGGGUGCCGUUCCCCUACGCCGUCUACCAGUGCCACGCCGCGGGGAACGGGUACAGAGCCUAUGUGGUCUCGCUCAGCGGCCUCCGUGGCGGCCCGGCGGCUUCCAUGCUGGCGUUCUGCCACGUCGACACCUCCAGCUGGAACCCGGCUCACCCGGCCUUCGAGGUGCUCAACACCCACCCCGGUGGCAUGCCGGUGUGCCACUUCAUGCCCUACGGCGACCUGGCGUUCGUCAAGAAGGCUGGAAGAGCCUAUUAGCUCACUACAUGCGCAAUCUAAGCAUUAAUAUCGACAUGAUCUUUGCUCACACCACACACUAAUCAAUUAUAUAUUGAAUAAUGACGGUGCUAGAAGAACUAGCAAUGGUGUGUGGUUCAUAAUGAAGUGUAACCGGCACUCGGCAAAGCGGCUGAAUCCGGUAGUGCCUCUAGGUUUGUUUGGAUGUUAAAUGGUGCAAGUAUCGGUGUGCAUGUAAAGCCUCUAGAUCGACUAUGGAAAUAAAUUUGUGCAGUCAAUGAUUGCAUUUUAUACAAAUA